AUGGAAGGUAUUAUUAAGCUUAGGUUGUUUUUUGUAGUGCUUGUUGUUCUAACAUUUUCAACCAUAGAGGCAAACAUUGCCCAUUUUGAUGGUUUCUGGCAGAAGCGUGCCGCAGAAGCCAAGAAGGCCACUCGCAAGGCCUACCAUCCCAAACCUCAUGAAGUUUUGAAUCAUUUCAACAACCACGUUCACAAAACUGUGGGUAGUAACAACAACACAAGAAGAGAAUUACACAAGUAUAAUGGACCUUGCUUGGCCACAAACCCUAUUGACCAGUGCUGGAGGUGCCAAAAGAAUUGGGCACAAAACCGGAUGAGGCUAGCCGAUUGUGGCCUAGGGUUUGGGCGCAAAACCACCGGAGGCAAGGGCGGGAAAUUUUACGUGGUCACUGAUCCGUCCGACAAUGACCUUGUAAACCCUAAACCGGGGACCUUGCGCCAUGCAGUUAUCCAGACACAACCAUUGUGGAUCACAUUCGCGCGCAGCAUGGCAAUUAGGUUAAGCGCGGAGCUUAUAGUGACGAGUCAUAAGACCAUUGAUGGGCGCGGAGCUAAUGUGCACAUUGCCAAUGGUGCUGGCAUCACUAUACAGUAUGUGAAAAAUGUGAUCAUCCAUGGCCUCCACAUUCAUGAUAUUAAGAAGGGUAAUGGGUGCACGAUCAGGGACUCGGUGGAUCACUAUGGUACUCGCUCGGCUAGUGAUGGUGAUGGUGUCUCAAUCUUUGGAUCUGUAAAUGUUUGGAUUGAUCAUAUUUCCAUGUCCAAUUGCUAUGACGGACUAAUAGAUGUUAUCCAAGCUUCCACAGCUAUUACCAUCUCCAACUGCCACUUUACCCACCAUAAUGAGGUGAUGUUGUUUGGAGCAAGUGAUGGCUACUCCGAGGAUGAAAACAUGCAGGUUACUGUUGCUUUCAAUCACUUUGGGCAGGGGUUGACACAAAGAAUGCCAAGGUGCCGAUGGGGGUUCAUCCAUGUCGUAAACAAUGACUACACUCACUGGCACAUGUAUGCUAUUGGUGGUAGCCAACAUCCCACCAUUCUUAGCCAGGGAAACCGAUUCAUCGCUCCCCCCGACAAUGCUGCCAAAGAGGUGACGAAGAGGGACUAUGCAGAUGAAAGUGUGUGGAAGAAUUGGCUGUGGAGAUCAGAGGGAGAUGUUUUCAUGAACGGAGCCUAUUUUAGGCAAUCAGGCGACCCAAAACAGACCUUCUCCAAGUCUGAUUUUGUGAAACCAAAGCCUGGGAAUUUUGUGAACAUGAUCACACGCUUUUCCGGUGCUCUUAAAUGCAUAAAAGAUAAGCCGUGUUAAACCAUACAAUCUUGGACAAAAUGAAGAUAAAAAAAACCAUAGUUAAAACAGGAACCGGAUUCAAGAGAAGCAGACGCUAAAGAAUUUUGAAUAGUGAUAUUCACACCGAAUACUUGCAGUGAAUUGCCUAAUCAAAUAAUUUUUAAUUGGUUAUUUAUACCAAAUUAAUAUAACUAAGUGGAAGAUUCCACUUCCUUAUUUGUUACAGAAUUGCCCAAUUAAUAGAGUAAGUCUAGCAAUUCACUUCAAUUAUUCAAAAGAAUUUUAUAUUUCAUGGUAUUAUUAUUUAAAUUAUUACUCUGGGUUUUAGUAGAUGAUCCGGGGAGUUAGAAUAUCAAUGAGUGAAUAAGGUGGAAGUUUAGCAAACACUCAGUUGAUUAUAACUUUUUCGUUCUUAAUCGUUGAUGUUUCUUGUAAAAUUUUGGGGUCAUUUCAUUGUAAACAUACUCUAUAAUAUGAAGUUUCCUACUGCACAAAUAGAAUGAAAUUGGUUUUUUUAUUUAUUUUUUAUUCGGCAUGUUAAUUAAUUAUUUUUUUAAUUCUAAAAGAAAAAGAAUACAAGAAUUAACAUUAGAGCUCAUAAAGUGCACUCUUACGCGAUAAGUAUUUACGAGGGGAUCUGAAUUAUCUUAUA